GAAUAGGCCGGUUCUGGACUCAAGUCUCUGGUAUCGGACGCGUUAUUACCAUGAUAUAAAAUAUUAGUUAUCAGAAUCUCCAUGAUCUUCGUGGUACUCUGUUCUACUACCGUCCAUUCGUUCCGCUUUUUCGUUAUUUCCGUUUCUUCCUAUGUUGUUGUACGUACUCGAGCGUUGAGUUUAUUUCCGAGUUUUCGUGUGAAAUCGAACUGUUGUGAGUUUUUCUGUGGAAGAUGAGAUUUGUGGAUUUCCUGACAUUGAUUCUGAUAUUCUACAACAUUUGUCUCACUUCGGGAAUUCAAUAUUUUGGAGACGACAACUUCAUACCGAUUUUCGAGUGGAGUCAGUUGGAAUUCGAAUAUGAUUCAGCCAUAGAAAGGAAACAUGACAUAGAGGAUGGUUUCUUCGUUCCAGGAGUACCAGCUAUUAUAGACGUCGAUGUUUAUUAUUCAUCGAAUAAGACUAACCGACUAUUCGUUACUAUACCAAGGUUCCAAUAUGGCUCUCCUGCAACUCUUGGAGAAGUAACUUUUGAUAUAUACAGGGGGAAUUAUAUAAUACGACCAUAUCCGUCUUGGUCUUGGCAUAGAAACCCCACUCAGUGCUUAUGGAACAGGCUCAUAUCUGUCUACCGGAUUCAGAUAGAUGAGUGUGGAAGAAUGUGGGUUCUGGAUACUGGGAGAUACGGAGAACACUUGAUUUGCCCACCACAGAUUUUGGCAUUCGAUUUGAAAACAAACAAAGUGAUAUAUCGAUACGAAAUACCUCGUGAUCAAUAUGAAUCCAGAUCAAUUUUCGUAACACCAGUGGUAGAUGUUAGGGAGUCUUGUCAAGAUGUGUUUGUCUAUGCUGCAGACUGCCAAACUUACGCUAUCAUCGUUUACGAUGUGAAAAGAGGAGAAUCUUGGCAGAUAAUUGAUAAAACCAUGUAUCCAUACCCGAAUUUUGGAACGUUCGAUAUUUUGGGUGACAGUUUUGACCUUAUGGAUGGCAUACUUGGGAUGGCAUUGACUCCUUUCGUACCAGGAAGAGAUAGAAAGUUAUUUUUCCAUGCAAUGAGCAGUGAUACAGAAAAUUGGGUUUAUACCUCGGAUCUUAGGAAGCAGAAGUCUACACCUGAAAUAUUCCAUGUUUACAGAGGAAAACGCAGCUCUCAGAGUGCUGCAGAGGCGAUGGACAGAAACGGAAUCAUGUACUUUGGUCUUAUGAGCGAUGUUACUUUCAAUUGCUGGGAUACUUCCACUGAAUAUGGAUCUCCAAACAUAGAGGUUGUUGACAACAACAGAACCACGAUGCAAUUUGUCAGUGGAGUAAAGGUUAUCAAAAACAUGAAUGGUGGCCAAGAACUCUUCAUUGUAACAUCAAGAUUCCAGAAGGUGGCAACUGAGACCAUAACGCCAACUGAGAUUAAUUUCCGUGUCUUAGCAAGGAGGAUUAACAAAUAUCUAGUGGAAAGAUGCAGAUCUUCCUCAUCAACGUCAUCAGGUUUUCAUCCUGUUAACGUUUUGGGAAGUUCUGGUGGUAGUUAUGGGCUGAUACCGAGACCGCCGAAAAUAGGUUAUCGGGUUAAAUGAUUAUUUUCUCAAAGCAUAAUCUAUUCUUAUUUGCCGAUAAAACGGCCUUACUCAGGUUUUUCGUGUGAAGACAGUUAUGUAGUCUGUUCAUACGAUGUCAUUAUAAUAGGCAUGAUAUAAUUGCCAUAAUUGAAUACUCAAGUGUCAAAUAUUUAAUUUGUUUUCGUUUAAUUAUAAUGAUCCUGUUAUGUAAGAAACAAUAAAGCUUUAUUCAGCUAUAA